AUGAUUGGAGCUUUCCCACAGCCUCUGGCGAGAAUAACGGAACAGCGGUCUGUGCAGGUGACUGUGAAUCCAACCGUCGCAACAACCCGCUUUUACCGCGUUAACAGCAGCAAAGUGGUGAAAUUUGACAGUCAUCCUCGCAUGCUCUCCUUUGACGAUAUGGCUGCGAUUGAGGAUGAACUUUGGCGUCUGCCUGUGGACAACCAGGUGUACCUGCUUUAUCCACAGAGCCUCAACAUGUCGGAGGUCGUUAGCAGAAUGAAGUCGUGCCGUGCAGUGCCAGAGGUGGGUUCUUAA